AAUGAACUAUAGAAAAAUAUAUAGUAAAAAAUAAAUACGUUACAAAACUAUGUUGUAUCGCAAAACAUAAUAAACUACUGGUUUUACUGGUAUUGUAGUAAUAAUAAUUAUUCAUUUGUUAACGUCCAAUCAAAUACGUUUGUAAUAAUAUAAACAUGUAUACUUAAAACAUAUAUUUUGUAUCGCGUCGAAUUUUUUAUAUUAAUAAUUAUUAUACGAUUAUUAUUAUUAUUAUUAUUAUUUUUAAUUGUAAUUUGUUAUUUUGUGUAAACAAGUAGUGGCAUUAAAAGUAAAAUUUUGAAACAACAAGCGUGAACUCGUUUUUCAAAUCUACAUGCAUAAUAUGUGUACUCUUUGUGCUGUGUCUGAUAAAUACAAAAUAGCGACUCGGCUUAGAGACAUUUAUUUCUAAAGACAAAUUCGAUAGUGAACAAACACGGGUAUGACGUUUUCAUGUUUGCACAGGUGACACGGGCGACAUUUUUUGUACCCAAAUAAGACUGCUCGGUGUUCAUUUCAGUAAGGUAUAAGUACGAAUCUGACUUAGACCGAAAAUAUAAGUAGUUAAACUGUGGGAAAAAAAAACAGUUUUGCAACACACGGAUUGAAAUUGAAAACCUGCAAACAUCCAUCUCAAAUGACUAACAAUAAGCUACCAGUGUUGUGUCUGUUUGUGUCGACUAUUUGCAUCGUUAUGAAUGAUAUAAAAUGCGUAACGCGAGAAGAUUGCGCUGAACGCGUUUUUCGUACCAACCAUCUGAUUUCGAUUUUAAACAAUGAUCAAAAACACGAGCUGGUAAAAUAUCUCAUAGACGAAUUGGAAUAUGAGGAAAUUAUGGAAUUUAUUCACCCGCCAAAUACUGAGUUGCUGCCAGGCAGAGAUGUAGACGAUUCAAUAUAUAGUAUAAUAAUCGAAAAUGAAAUUAAAAUACAACAGAAAUUAAUGCGGAUCAUAGGGUCGGACCAAUUUAAUUACAAUUUUAAUGUUCCAGGUUCCUAUGACACAGAGAUAACGACAAGAAGACGGCAUUUAAGUUUAGCCUUCCUCAAUAUUCUCACAGAAAAUAUGAAAAAUGUUCAAAUGUGCGUGAAUAACGAAAAGUAUAAAUGCGUAUUGGUCGGCUUAAUCAGUCGCACGGCCGAUUAUCGGUUGAGAAAUAAACCAGUGUGCAAUGAUAGCGGUACUUGCAUCGUGACUUCGACAGAAUGGAUUACGGAACCGAACGUUUUAUUUGACGACUUGACACCAGUGAAGAAGUCAUACAGGGAUCGUCUUUAUGACACCAGUCAAGGAUAUUAUGAGACAUUAUUGUACGACGAAGAGCGGCAACGAUUUCACGUACCUUGGAUAUUAGAAUAUUGAAUACCGGCCAAGAGGGAUUGGAAGAAUAAACAGCUCUUAUUUGCAUGUUUUAUUAACUAAAUGCUUCAAUGUCAAUAAAAGUAUGUCAAUCAAUAAUGUCAUUGUACAGUUAUAUCAUAAUCUAUUAAAAUGCCUUGUUUGUCAACGAGAAUUUCCUACUAUCACUUGUCAGGCUGAAAUCCUCCUAAAAGUUCUGUUUAUUCUGGUGGGCGUAGAGAGUUAAAAAGUUAACCAAUGGUUAUUUUUACGGUACAGUCUAAGUUUUAUGAGGUACAAUUAAACAUACAAUUAUUAUAUAGUGAAAUC